AUGGCGCCGGCCCGUGUCACAUUUGCCGGCAUCGCGCUGAUUCAAGGAACCAUGCUCGAUUCUGGCGGUGGUGCCUACUACUUUGCCAAACAGUCAAUCAACGCUGAUCGGCAGGCUCGAUUCGAGGCUGAAGUCUCACGGAAGGCCCAAUUGAAGGCCAUGGAAGCCGAGUCCAUGCGACAGGCCAACCUGACCACCACUCCGCAGAAGCCUGCCGAUGAUCCCAGCUUGAAGCGAGCCAACAUGACCCGAUACCAGCACGCUGCCGACGACGUUGCCUCGCCAAGCACCGAAGCCUCUCAUGAUCCGGCAGCCACGCGGCACGAGCCCAUGAGUGAAACUGAACGAGUACUCGAGAAGGGAAAAUACGAGACGGUGGAGCCGUAUCGGCCACCGCGAGGAAACCGUCUCAGCUAA